AUGGCCACGACGACGAAUGAUGAGAGUCUUGAGAUCGACAACAUCCUGAAGGGCGAGGAAUCAUUGCUUACUCGGGAACAAGAGGUCGAGCGAGUGGUAGCGGCAUUCAAGUUAAACCCAUACGAGAUUCUCGAUCUAGACAUGACCAAGCCGACAUCGGUCACCGACUCCAUCAUCCGCAAAACGUAUCGCCAAAAAUCCCUCCUCAUCCAUCCCGAUAAGCUUACCCAUCCCCGUGGCGUAGAAGCCUUCGAUCUGCUUAAAAAAGCAGAAGGGUUUCUGCUGGAUCCUGAGAAACGAAAGGGUCUGGACGAGACGAUAAAGGAUGCCCGGAUGCUCACGCUACGCAGACUCAAUCUGCCCGACUCAACACCCGACGAGCACGAGAAACUGGCGACACUUAAUCCGUCGUUUCAGUUCCGUGUGGCCCUGAAGACCAAAGAGAUCAUUAUUGAAGAAGAGUUGAGAGUCCGAAGGGCUCGGAAAAUGACGAUGAUCGCGGAAGGCACGGAGGCUAAACGUCACGAAGACGCGAUUGCUAAAAGGAAGCGAGAGUUGGAAGAGAAAAAGAGAUGGGAAGAGACUAGAGAAGAACGAGUGACAGACUGGCGUAGCUUUCAGAAAGGCGAGACCUCAGGGAAGAAGAAGAAAAAACAGAAAUUGGAAGUUCUGGGUUGA